UUCAACGAGAAAAAAGGAUUUCUAGGGGGGGAUUUUGAAUUUUUUUUUUAUGAUUUGGAGAAGUGGGUGGUUUGGUUUGUGUUCAGUUGAUGUCGUGGCGCAGAGCUGGACUGAGCAUUGGACGGAACAUUGUGUACAAACGGCGGCUCUGCACUGCAACCCGCCGCCGUCGGGUGGAGGACGAAGGUGACUGGUUCUACUCCUCCGAGUGGUGGGGGACGGAAUCUGAUGGCCACACUAUUCUGCGCACCGGCUCCGAUCACGGGAAUGGCGUCGUCUCUGUUCUGGCUUAUCCCUCUUCUCGACCCGCUCAAACUGACUGGCCUAAAACUGAGAACUGGCUUCAGGAAAGGUAUGCAGCUGCACAUCCAAGUCAUCAGAAAAAGGGUCGUUUGAAGAUGCUUCGAUACCAGUGGCGUACUCUUCACUUUAACGAAACCACACGCCAGAGCACUGCUAAAGUAAUGGCUGCUUACCACGACUUAAAACCUGGCUCUAUGUUCUUGAUGCAACAGCCUCAUUGUUUAGCUGUUCCAUAUUUAAAGAGUAUGGCAGCGACAGGUUUGAGUGCUCUGGCGUGCUCUGAUUAUGACCUUGCUGGUGUUGCAUUCGGAAAGAAGAAAAUGCGUGUAUUGUGCAUUGGUCAUGGUGGAGGAAGUUUGCCCUUGUUCCUGGCAAGCAAAUUGCAAGGUGUCCAAGUUGAUAUAGUUGAAAUCGAUCCAGUAGUCAUAUCCACAUCAAUCCAAGCAAUGGGGUUCCCAGCUUUCUCCCUGAUGAACCGAUCUGGACAACGCUCCACACCAAGCCCCUGCACCAUAUGGAUGUUGUUCUUUGGAAAGGCAUCCACGAAAGGCUCCGUCUUUACGAAGCAGAUGCAGAUAUGUUCAUCCUGAACACCGGCGAAACCACAGUUUACGAUAUGGUCUUCAUCGAUGCCUAUGAUGGAGAUGACAUCUUCCCUCGCAAGCUGUGGGAUCCAGAUUCUCCAUUUCUGGAAGCUCUCAGUCAACGCCUGCGAAGGAGCAGCAGCUGCGAAGAGCUCAAGGUCUAUGCUUCAACUGCGACGAGCGAUUCACCAUCGGUCACAAGUGCAGUAAUGCUAAGGUGAUGUGCUUGUUCGAGGAAGAAGAUGGCGAGGUUCAACCUUGGGGACAAGGUUGAUUUCAAGGGGGGAGGAUUGAUGAGAGGAUUUUCAGUUUGGGCUUUUGAGUUUUGGGCUUGGGUGUUUUUUCCUUUUCGUUGUAGGUUUCCUUUGAUUUUGGGGUUGGGGUAGUCGAGUAGAAGGAUUUCGGUUAGGAUUAGGCUUUUCUAAGCCUAUAAAUAUGUACCUUUGGCAUUAGUUCCGAAUCAAUCAAUAAAGUUAAGAUUUAUUGACACCAACGUCGUUCUCUCGCUCGUGAGUUUCGAGCAAAACCCUAGAACAAAGGAAAUUUGUUCAUCAGAAAUGCGAUCGGUGCAGCAUUCACUGUCUCCGUUCCUUGGGUCUGUAACGUUAGUUUGAUUGUUUGUAAAGGUUUGAAGACUGAUGAUAAUGACGAUAGUAGGAAUGGUGUCUUGGGAGCUCUUCUGUCGAGGUCAUUUGAAGUUGAGAAUAUUGUAAACCUUCCCUUUUCUGUCGAGGUUGGCAACGCUGACCGACCCAUCGGGUAUCCACCCGAAACCCGCUCGAAUUUUGACCUAAAAACCGUCCGUUGUGGGCUUUUGGCGGAUUCGGGUUUACCCGAAACCCGUGAGUUGUGGGCGAUGGGUGGCGACGGUAUAAGUGAUAUCCGCCCCGCCCCCGCCCCGUAUCAUAAAACGACGUCAUUUUAGACAUCGUAUAUAAACCAAACAGAGCAGAUUGUCAACCCUAAUCUUCAUUUUCCACUCUCCCUCCCCAACGACUGCUCCCAUUCCUCUCCUCUUCCUCUUCGAGAACCUCCCGAAAUCCUAGCUACUUUCUCUCCAUCGAAUCUCCCAAACAUCUAAUCCGCUCAAAAAUCUCGUUGUUCCCCACAAUUUCCUCCCAGUCCAGGUUGUUUAUACAAUUAUGAUUGCCAGUAGGCAAUCAUUAUCUCUCAAUUUGACCAAUUGGAUGCUAGUUUUGCCGGUGAUUUCGUCGGGAAACAGCAUGCAGAACCCUAAAUUGCCCGCUGCAAUCUUCGAUUUGCAGUUAUUAGGGGAAAUCGACGUGAUAUCACACAUCGAGCGAGAUAAGUUAUUUCUCCCUUUUUCUUUCGUAUUCUGUUACACUUUCUUGCCUUCUUCCUUCUUCUCGUAUAUAUAGUAAACCCUCGAUUAAUUUCAGGUCACUGGUAAGCCUAACUUCUUCCUUAAACCCAUUACAUGCACUCUGCUCAGAGCACAGUCGAGGUAAGCACAAACUUAUACCUUCAUUUGUCCAGAUUCAUGAGCUAUGUCUUUAUCAAUCGAUGCAUGCUAAUUUUAUUUUGUUUGUUUGCCUUUGUUUGGGAGUUCUUCAGGUUCGCAUUAGGCAUCUGCAGUCUGGUGAACAGAGUCUCCCUCUCCAAAUUACAAGUUAGGCAUAACCUUGGUCCAAUUCAACUCUCGAUUGUAAUUUGUAUUGUGUGUUGUGUGAUUUGUCUGGGUAGUUAUGAUUGAUUGAUUGCAUGCAAUUAUUUAAUUGUUUAUGUAGAUGGAUGGUGCUACUGAAAAUUGUGCUUUGAAUGCGAAUGAUCCUACUGUCCCUUCUAAUCAAAAUGGUACUGCUACUGCUAAUGGUUCUGGGAAUGAAAAUGUUGAAAUAAUUCUGGAUGAAGAUCGUAAAUUGACUUCUGAUGUCUGGCCACAUUUUGUGAGGGUGAAGUUUAAUGGGGAGAUUAAAGCCAAGUGUAAAUA